CUCUGAAAACAGCAUUUUCACAGGUCUCUGAACUGAUCAGUGUCAAGCAACAUAAUGGCCAGGUAUCCAAGGAAUGACAAAAGCAACAAUGAGACAACGCUUAAAAAGGGUGCUUGGAGUGCCGAAGAAGAUCAAAAACUAGUGGCUUAUAUCAAGAGAUAUGGCAUUUGGAACUGGACUCACAUGGCCAAACCUGCUGGUUUGGCAAGAACUGGCAAAAGUUGCCGUCUCCGUUGGAUGAACUAUCUGAGGCCCAACAUCAAGCAUGGAAACAUCACCAAAGAAGAGGAGGAGACCAUCAUUGUGCUGCACCGAGUUCUUGGAAAUCGUUGGGCCGCGAUUGCAGCUAGGCUUCCCGGAAGAACUGACAACGAAAUAAAGAACUAUUGGAAUACCCGCUUGAGGAAACGGCUCUCCGAGGAGAAGUUUUGUUUGCAGAACACACGCAAUGAUGUUAAUCUCCAUACCGAUGGAAAGGACAUCUCAUUCCAUCCCUUGAAUGAUAGUCCGAAUGCAACAAACCUGGGACUUGACUAUCAAAUCCCGACAACAAAUGCAGAUAACCCUUGUCCUUCCGUUGGAGUCUAUGAUGAGAAACCAUGGAGCUAUGACAGGUGCUCAUCACAAGAAUAUGGAAAUGGUGAAGGAGAAAGCUUAUGGAAGCAAGUCCUUGCAGUGGAAGAUUUUUACAUAGAAGGAGAUUCGAGUAUAUGUGCGCCAAAUCAGGAACUAAUAAUGCCUAUUUUUACGGACUUCGCUAGUUCUUAUGAUGAUUUUUUCCUAGAUUUGUGGGGGGAAUCAUGA